AUGCCUUCUUCCUACUCUACUCAAUACUACGCCACCGGCGCCCUCCCCAUUCCUCCCCCCAGCAAAGUGCCCUACCCGAGUCCAAGCUAUUACGCCACCGGCGACAGCACCUACUCGGUCUCGCCGCCAGAGGAUCUGGAUGCCUCGGUCAGCUCGGCAUCGGGCUAUGGCAACAGCUACUCGGUAGCCGCCAGCAGUUACGCCAGCAGCAGCCAAGGAGAGUACGACAGUGCCGGCUCCGCGAGCGGCGUCGACCUCAACGAGUAUAUGCAGGAGCGCUUUGCGGCGACGUUCGACCCCCUUGCGCUGGAUAAAUGCACUGCCAAACAGGCUCAGACAUCUGGACAUUUGAACGCCAAGCAUCGGGAGCUGCUUGAGUUGCAGGCAAAGGCGCAAGCGCGCCUGGCAAAGACUCGCGCGCGGUUUGCGCAGGGAAUGGAGGAUGCGCGCGAGGUGCGAAAUGACCUCGAGUGGACGCAGAAGAAAGUCGCAUCUUUGAAAGCAAAGGCGUCAAAAAAGCACUCCAAGGAGUACGCCAAGGCACGGGCGAGGUACCCGUCCCCGGACAUGUACUAA